CGUAUAUAACAAUGGACGCCACUAGCCAUUCUUUGAUCCGCCACUAUUGCACAACAGGCACCUUGUAAUCCAAGUCAGAACUAAAGAGAGAAAAGGAAAACGUAGCAAGAACAGCAGCUAGCUAGCUAGCGCGAGGGAUCCACCUUUUUAUUCGAUCCGGACCCAACCUUUGUCCCCGGCCCGGCGCGCGUCGGGUAAUUUAGCUCAAGCGAGCACGGCAAGGCAAGGGUCGUGUGUUGCCGCUGUGCGCGCAAUGCUGCCCGGGUGCGGUCUCUUCUACGACUGCGUCCGCCGCGGGCGGCGCGAGAAGCAUGAGGCGGCGGGCCGGACGGACUCCCGCGUCUCGGCCGAGCCCAGCGGCGCGGGCAAGCCCAAGAUGGGCGGGCGGCAACAGGCGAGGCGGCUGGAAUGGGCCGAGAUCGAGUCGAUGACGGGCGGCUUCUCGUCCCGCGUGAUCGGCCAGGGCGGGUUCAGCACCGUGUACCUGGCAUCGCUCACCUCCUCCCGCCUCGGCGCCGUCAAGGUGCAGCGCAGCAGCGAGCGCCUCCACCGCGCCUUCCGCCACGAGCUCGACGUGCUCACGUCCCUGCGCCAUCCCCACAUCGUCCGCCUCCUCGGCUUCUGCGACGAACGAGAGGAAGGAGUCCUGGUGUUCGAGUACGCGCCCAACGGCGACCUGCACGAGCGGCUCCACGGCAACAACAACAACAACAAGCGAACUGCGGCGGUGCUCCCAUGGGCGCGGCGCAUGGCCGUCGCGUUCCAGGUGGCCAUGGCGCUGGAGUACCUCCACGAGCGGCGGGACCCGGCGGUCAUCCACGGCGACGUCAAGGCGUCCAACGUGCUGCUCAACGCAGCCCUCGACGCCAAGCUCUGCGACUUCGGGGUCGCCCACGUGGGCUUCUCCGCCGCGGUCACCGCCAGGGCCUCGGCCCGGCCCGUCAUGGGCUCCCCGGGCUACGUGGACCCGCACUUCCUCCGCUCCGGCGUGGCCACCAAGAAGAGCGACGUGUACAGCUUCGGCGUGCUGCUGCUGGAGCUCGUCACCGGGCGGGAGGCCAUGUGCGCGGACACUGGGUGCCGGCUAACGGUCGCCGUGGGUCCCGCGCUCAGUGAGGGGAAAGUGGCUGACGUGGUGGACCGGAGGCUCGGAGACGCGUAUGACGGCGAGGAGGCUGCCACCGUGGCGGCGCUUGCGCUGAAGUGUGUCAGUGUCGGUCCCGGGCUCCGGCCAUCCAUGGGGGAGGUGGUGCGCGUUCUCCAGGAGAAGACGGCGGCGCUGUUCUCGGCCGUUGGGCCUAAACCGGUCAGCAAGAUCAUGGUUUCCCUGAGUUAAAUCCACUUUGUAUGUCGUAGGGUGUAAAUGCUUAGGAAGGGCAGACAGUAAGAAUUUUCUUAGUUCGUUAUACUAUUGUAGAGGAUCCGAUGAUUAGUUAACAAACCUUUGGGUCAGGUACAAAACUUUUGUGAUGUCAUGGAUGGGGUUGUAGGCGCGUAGUGGCUCAUUAAUAAAAAUCGGCUUGAAGAUCCUGUGCAUUUUGUUAUGCGA